GUACAUUUCGUGUAUAAACAUUUUCCGAGAUAUUAGAAUUGUUAUGAUUCAGUUUAAAACAUAUUUUACGAUAUAACAUGCAGCAUAUUCCAGAAGUAGGAAGGCAGCAUCCAUACGCUGCGUCUGUGCCUCCAAUAAACAAUCAACAAAAUUUUUUAAAGCAACCGAUUGUUGGAGAACAGAAUUUAUUGAAUUCACAAAUGCAUUCUCCGUUGUCACUGUCGACACCACCUGGGGAUCGCUCUCAAAUAAUGAGUCCUCCGGUGACAGGUGUUCCUGGUCCUCAAAUACCUUCACGUUUAUCUACAGGACCUCCUCUUGGACAUGGGCAAGCUUCUAUGGGUUAUCAAGCUUAUGGAACUAAUUUCCCAAACACUAGCCUAUAUCAGUCUGGAACAGCACCAUAUAAUUCUGCGCCACCAUUACCACCACCAUUACCACCACAAGCUGUAGCACCUCCAACAGAUUCAGCAUCUGAUUCAUCACAAUUUGCUCCUUCUUUUUCGACAACAGGACAUUCUAUAACAAGUCCUCCAGGAUCCAACUAUUCUCAAGCUCGACAAAAGCAAUAUUUACCAACUAUGCCUCCAAUGCCGAGUCAAACUACAGCGAAUCCUGUAGGAUCAGGUUUAAUGCAGUCUGGACAAAGACAAUAUGGCUCUACUAUGCCUCCAUUACCAGGGCAAAAUUUAUCCAGUCCUUUAGGAAUGAAUCGUGCAUCACCAGGUAUCACUUCAGGCUUUCAACAACCAACGUAUCAGCAAUCAGGAUAUCCUAACCAAAUGGAUAUGUAUAGUAAUCAAAGAAAUCUAUAUCAAAGUACACCGAAUGCUACAGGAUAUCAAUCAGGAUUGCAAUCUCAACCAACUAGACGGCUUGAUCCAGAACAAAUGCCGAGCCCAAUUCAAGUAAUACAAGAUGAUCAAAGUAUGAGACGUGGAGUAUUUAUAACGAAUCAGAAAGGUCUGGCACCACCUUUAGUGACAACAGAUUUUGUAACUCAAGAUCAAGGAAAUACUUCUCCCAGAUACAUCAGAUCCACUAUGUAUAAUGUACCCACUACUGCUGAUCUUAUAAAGCAGACUAAUAUUCCUUUUGGACUUGUGAUAAGUCCAAUGGCUCGGAUUGUGAAAGGAGAAUUUGAACCACCAAUUGUAGAUAUGGGUGAAAUUGGACCAGUACGUUGCGUACGUUGUAAAGCUUACAUGUGUCCAUUUAUGCAAUUUAUUGAUGCUGGUCGAAGAUUUCAAUGCAUGUUUUGUAAAGCAACUACAGAAGUACCAAAUGAAUAUUUCCAACACUUAGACCACACAGGUCAACGCUUGGAUCGUUAUGAGAGACCUGAAUUAACGUUGGGUACAUUUGAAUAUAUAGCCACAAAAGAUUAUUGCAGGGACAACAUUUUUCCAAAAUCACCAGCCAUUGUGUUCAUAAUUGAUGUAUCGUACAAUACAAUUAAAUCGGGAUUAGUGAACUUAUUAUGUACAAAGAUGAAAUCUAUAAUAAAAAAUCUACCUAUUGAUGAUGAACAAACCAAAAGCAACAUGAAAGUUGGCUUUAUAACAUAUAAUAAUACUGUGCAUUUUUAUAACAUCAAUCCUUGUCUUGCUCAACCACAAAUGAUGGUUGUUGGAGAUAUUCAAGAUGUAUUUAUGCCACUGUUAGAUGGAUUUUUAUGCGACAUCGAGGAGAGUGAGGCAGUUAUCGACAGCCUUAUGACACAGAUUCCUCAAAUGUUCGCAGACACUCGAGAGACAGAAACGAUUCUUGCUCCUGCCAUACAAGCUGGACUAGAAGCAUUAAAGGCAUCGGAACGUGCAGGCAAAUUAUUAAUAUUCCAUUCAUCUUUACCAAUUGCCGAAGCACCUGGGAAACUGAAAAACCGUGACGAUCGUAAAGUACUUGGAACAGAUAAAGAAAAAACGGUAUUAACUCCGCAGAACAAUGUCUAUAAUAAUUUGGGUCAGGAAUGUGUCGGUGCAGGUUGUAGUGUAGAUUUAUUCAUCUUUAACAAUUCAUAUGUAGAUAUAGCAACAAUUGGUCAAAUUUGUCGUCUUACUGGAGGAGAGAUUUAUAAAUACACUUAUUUUCAGGCUGAUAUCGAUGGUGAAAGAUUAAUUUUAGAUAUUAUUAAUAACAUUAGUAGACCAAUUGCUUUUGAUGCUAUGAUGCGAGUACGUACAUCAACAGGUGUUAGAGCAAUCGAUUUCUAUGGACAUUACUUUAUGUCUAAUACAACGGACAUGGAAUUAGGCAGUAUAGACUGCGAUAAGGCUAUUGGAAUAGAAAUUAAACACGACGACAAAUUAACGGAAGAAGAAGGUGUGUACGUUCAAGUGGCUUUGCUGUAUACUUCCUGCGGUGGUAUAAGAAGAUUGCGAAUCAUGAACUUGAGUUUGAAAACCUCAUCGCAAAUGGUCGAUUUGUAUCGCGCAUGCGAUUUGGAUGCCAUAAUAAAUUACUUUUCUAAACAAAGCGUUUUUAAAUUACUGGAAUCUACUCCAAAAACGGUGAAAGAUAACUUGAUUGCACGAUGCGCAAACAUACUGGCUGUAUAUCGAAAGCAUUGUGCAACACCAUCCAGUGCUGGGCAAUUAAUCUUGCCAGAAUGUAUGAAAUUACUUCCACUUUAUGUAAACUGUUUACUGAAAAGCGAUGCAUUAUCAGGAGGAGCUGAUAUGGCCAUUGAUGAUAAAUCUUAUAUAAUGCAAGCAGUUACAACAAUGCCUGUUCCUCUAUCAGUUGCAUAUACUUAUCCUAGAUUAUUUCCUUUACAUAACAUUGAUCCUCAAGAUACGGAACUGCCGCCAAUGUUACGUUGCUCUGUCGAUAAAUUUACAGAUGAUGGCGCCUAUUUACUUGAAAACACCAUCCAUAUGUUCUUAUGGUUGGGUAUGGCACUUUCUUCUCAAUGGGUACAGAGUGUCUUUGGAGUACCUUCGGUGGUCCAAGUUGAUACAGAUCGUGCGCUGCCGAUCUUAGACACUCCUUUAAAUAAUAGAAUCACGAAUAUUAUCAAUCGAAUACGCGCCGAAAGACAUCAUUGUGUAAAAUUAACGAUAGUGAGACAACAUGAAAAAUUGGAAAUGGUUCUACGCCAUUUCUUGGUUGAAGAUAGGGGAAUUGAUGGAAGUCCUAGCUACGUUGACUUCCUAUGUUACAUGCACAAAGAAAUAAGAACACUUCUUAGUCAAUAA